UGGUAUUCAGCCGUUUCCAUUAUAAGGUAAUAUCAAACUGGAUAUUGUGAUAUAGCCCUAUAGUUGUACAUCAUGGACUUUGUACAGAAAUUACUAUUAACAGUAAUUGCGGCCUUGGUGAUAGCGUUAGCGUCAUUUGCAUUACAGAGUGGUCAAAUCAAGGUCUCCAACAAGAAUGCUUCACCACACCACAAACCAAGUUUUGUGAUCUUGGGUAAUAACGGGUCAGGAAAGACUGGCCUCUACUACAGAUUAAUCGAGGACUCACAGGGUGAGAACAACACACCAAUAACCAACACAGUUUCGUCGAUAGAGCCAAACUUCACCGAGAUCUCCCUUCCUUUCUCCAGUGACAGUAUCAGCAAGAAGUACCAGUUAGUGGACUAUCCUGGACACCUCAAGUACCACCAGCUCCUCAACAAGUUGCUUUUGGAAGACAUAACUUUGGGCAAGAUCAGUGGUAUUGCGUAUGUCAUCGACUCUUCAUCAGCACAGUUCAACGCUAAUGUAGAGCUUAUCUCCAAGUUCUUGUUCAACUUGUUUUCCGUCACCGAAAGAAAGACCAACGGGAUCGACGUUUUGUUCGUAGUGAACAAAACCGACUUGUUUGACUCGACCCCUGUCCACAGAAUCAGAACUAUCUUAGAAACCGAAAUCAACAAGUUGAUCCAAAACGAGUUGAGUACCGUCGAUAAGAAUUCUGGUAUCGAUAAGGAUGACGAUGAAGAGGAACAAGGCAUCGUUGGACACGAGACAUUGAGAGAAUUUUGGCUCGGUGUUUUAUCAUCAGCCAACAGCAAGUUUACUUUCGAUAAGUUGGAGGGAAGCAUGGACUUCAUUGGAGGUAGCGUUUUGAAGAAUAAGGUUGAAGGGUGGGAGAACUGGAUCGAUGAGAAGGUGGUCAACUAAGUUGACCCUACAUCAAUCCAAGAAUUAUUUAGCAUAUUUGCAUCAUUCUUAAUGUAUUUAUAGGUUCUAGUUUUCAUUUACAAUCACCUACAUGGAUUAUAGGGCCAUAUA